AUGUACGCCAAAGGCGCGAACGCGCAAAACGGGGUGAACGGCCCAAAUGACGAAAAUUACAGAAAUGACGAAAACUGCCAAAAUAAUAAAAUGAACAUGAACAACUACAAAAAUAUUAUGCACAAUCAGAAAAAAAAAAAACUGGGUCUGAUGGACAUGGAUUAUUUAGACAAGGCCGUUAAUUUUAAUAAGGCAGACAAGAAAGGCAACAACUGUGUGGCCGGGAGGGGUCCCCACCAACAGGCCUACGAUGGCACACAGGUGGAGGAGGAAGAGGAAGAAGAGGAAGAGGAGGACGACGAUGAUGAUGAUGAGGAUGACGAAGACUACCAAAUUGACGAAGACGAGGAAGACGAUGAUGAUGAUGACGACGACGAUGACUACGAAGAGGAAGAGUUCGACGACGAAGUCAGGCAAAUAAAUUUCAACUCAUACAAUAAUUUUUAUUACGACACAGCCAACGCAGAGGAGGGAGAAAAUGAAAAAGAACAAAAUGGAGAGGCCAAAACGGAUAGAGGAAACGAAGUCAUAUUUGAGCGCUACAAUAAACUGCUGGCAAAUUACCGAUCCAAGAAGGAACAAAUGACGAAGGAAUAUUCAAGCGAAAAUGCCAUGUCCAAAGAGGGGGAAGAAGCCGAAGAGGGCGCCUCCUCCUGCUACAGCUGCAACAGUAGCAACGAUGCAGAAAGGGGAAUCCACAGGGAGGCACAUGUACCAGCGGCAUCAGCCACAUGUGGACAGAAUGAAAAUAUUAAUAAUAGCAACACACUUGAUCGUAACCCUAACAGUGAAUAUUAUCUAACGGGAGACACCACCUACCUGAGGGAAGAAAAUGACAAUUUCAUGGCAGAUGUACUCAAUCGAAUAGAUCAAAUAUACAAUAAACAGUCUAGGUACACAAAUUUAAAAAAUGUAAACAACACCAAUAAUAGCAUAUGCAUAAAUGACUUGAACUUAAACCUCAUAAGUGAUUAUUUAAAUGUGGACAUCUCUGUCUUCCACAAAAAAACUACCGUCCUGCUACUCGGAACCCCUCAGAGUGGGAAGAGCUCCUUCAUUAAUUGGUUCACAGAAAGUUAUGUUCAAAACACAAAUUCGAUCGCCAAGAAAAAUGAAAUUACCUACGUAGAUAUAAAAAAUAAUUUUAAAUUUAAUUUUAAGAGGUUAAAUAAUGCCAACUACCAGUUUGGCCUUGUGAGCAGACGCACAAAUAGGGGUGGAUCUUAUGGCUCUUCCCAUUACAGUAGGGAAAGACACACUCCACAAAUGAACAGUGAUCAUAUGGGUGACCCCAACGAGCAGGAUCUCUCCUCUCCUGGCAUCCCCACACAUAGCAUGGAUAAUACAUACAAUCAAAGUAAAAAAAUAAUCCUGUCAGGAGAAAAUUGUGAUUAUCUGUUCAGGCCAUUUCAAAAGCUACGAAAAAAGGUACACAAUGUGAAAAAGUACAUUUUUGGAAAAAUCUGCUACCAGAAUAAUCUGACCAAAUACAUGAACAGAAUCAAUUCUGUAUCUUUUUUAGAUACCAGUGGGAUCAAUGACAUAUGUGAUGUGGAGUAUGAUGAAAUUAUUAUGAAUUUGUCCAAAUACGUAGAUGCAAUUUUCCUGUUUGUGGAUUCUAAUCAGUUCUCCAUAAACAACAGGCUCCUACGCAUUAUCAACUACCUCAUGGAUAAUCAGUUGAACAAAGUUACCAUCUGUCUCACCAGGAUUGACAUGAUUCAAAAGGUUAACCUCUACAGAGUAGUGUUCUACCUCACUCAAUAUUUUUUAAGAAGCUUGAAUUUGUUUAGGUAUAGCUUGGCAAACCCAGAAGGGGUUGCUUCUCUUGUCGACGGGGCGCAAAUAGAGCCCUAUGUGGGUCACCACACCGGAGGAAGUAGACACGGCCAAAUGGACUGGCGAAAUCCACUAAGCAAAAAAGCUCACAUGAUACACGAAUUCUUCAACCGAUCUAUUCGCUCUUUCCAGAACGUCCUGCUCUUCCCAAAAAUGCUCACCAAAAUGAUUAGCAGAAGAAGCGGCCAACAGGGAAAUUUCCGAGGUGCCUUUGCCUCUAGGAGUUCCCUCCGCAGUGCGCGGGGGGAUGUGGACGACCGGGGUGACAUGGAUGAUGUAGGGCAAUACUACGGAGAGGAACAGGGGGGCUAUAACCAAGGAGGACUCAGCAAUGGUAAUGUAGACCACUACUUCGAUGAAGACGAACCCUACCAGGACGAUCGGCAAAUGUAUUAUGGGGGUGAUCAGAGCAACUUCCCAACGCGACAGAGGAAAGGCGAACGUGUGCAGGGGGAAGGUACUGGCGAAGAAGAGAAAGGAGGGAUUUUGAAAAAAAUUUUGACCAAAAGUUACAACUCCUUUAAGGACAAAAUAUUGAGCUCUGGUAAUGUCGUUAAGGGGGGCAUCGGUCGAUUAAACUCGACGCGAAUAGGGGAGCAACCUCCGACGGGACACUCUCCUAUCAAACACACCGAUGCGUCAAAAUCAAAAGAAAGGAAGAUUAAAACACAUCUGGACAAGCUGUUCGAAAAAAAAAUAAACUACGGGGACUGUCUGAAAAACGUGAGCAUAUUCUUUCUUGUGCUCAUCUACGAAGUAAUAACAACAAUCUACAGCCUAAUCCAUACAAGCAUAAACAACUACAUCAAUAGGACGAGUGGUGGUCGUGGACGAGCUGUGAACGUGGAGAAGCUCCACCAAUUGGAUGAAGCAAACAAAUUAAAAUACACUCAUAUGAACGACGGAGGAAAUAACACGUAUAAAGUACUCGAGUUUUUGACCAUCUAUCUUCCAGAAAUUCCAAGCGACAUACUUAAAAAGGAAAAAUGGAAAUAUGAAAAAGGAAAAGUAGAAGGAGCUAAUCGAAAAUAUAAUCAAGAAAGAAGAAACAGAUUUAGCUGUAACAUUCAGUAUGAGCAAGAGGAGCACAUGGACAGUAGACAUGGAAAUUCGAGGUACUCUCAAAGGAGAAGCAUACCAGAAGAGUUUCUCCUUUUUGGAAAUGAAAACGCUGGGGUGAGAAGACACGGGGACUAUGCCAAAGGGCAUUACAACCACGGGACCUACUUCCGCGGUGUGGAUAAUGACACUUGCCGCGAGUCCUUAACAGACAGCGACUACCAUGUGAACGGGAGAAGCUCGGCUUACCUCCCCCCUGGCACACGCACCGGCAUGCACAGCGGAAUGCGCAAUGAAGACGUGAGGGAACUUAACAUGAUACACGAAUUGAUAUUCAAAAUCGACGAAACGAUCGACCUGAAGAGCAACCAAAGCAUCUAUAUGCUCAAGAGAGACCUUGAAAUAAUACAAAGCACCUGUUUGAAACAAAUAGCAGACAAUGAACACGUUGUGAAGCAAAACAGAUCCCUUCGAAUUCAAAACAUUAAAUUUUAUUUCUUCAAAUAUAUGGCUAUCUUUUUUGGCUUUAUAAUUUCCCUACUCAGAUACGAUCUGCUCGUCUACUUUAAUUUUAUCAAGCCAGAAUUGCUCUUUAGCAUUUUUUCAAAAUAUUUUCUCUUCCUUUCAUCAUACAAUAAAAAUUCACUAUUCAUUGCUGUGAAUGUUUUGUUGGUCGUUGCUUACAUGGGGCUGUAUGUCAGGUACAAUCGGCGUAAUUACUUCAAGUCUCUUGGCAAGAGCGACCUGAACAAGCUCAAAAUAAUUAUGCUCUUCACCCAAAUCAUCUUCGACGAGAUUAACCAGCUGCACUUGCGGCUCCUCGGCGGGCGGGAACCGGACUACCAAGGCCAACCCAGCGCGCCCAGCGAGUCAAAUGGACCUAGCGACAGGGAGGAAGAUGGCGACUAUGGCGAGGCUGGCUGGUACGGCGGAUACGGUGAAUAUCGACAUUCUCGUCAUUCGCGCAGGUGA